CGAAAUACGAGCCUCUAAUUUUGAAGUUCAGCGGAAGAGGCCUUGCAUAUCUUCACCACCGCAGCUCGCUCUGGCGUGUAACGGGUUUCAGUUCGCUGUGGAAACGAUCGGAUCAAAAACUUCAUCUUCGACGACCUAACGUCACUGCGAUGACUAGUGCAGCGUAUCCUCCUCCCCCGGCCGACAUGUUUGGCUCCAUGCCCGGCUACGAAGGCACCGUGGUCGGUGGAGGUGGAUACCUCCCACCGCCUGCGCCCUCCCAGCCCGUAGAGCCACCUGUGCCUGCCCAGGACCCAAACCAGUGGAUCAUCCCGACUUUGUCUGAGGAUGUGGCCCGCGAGGCAUUUAAGAGCUUCGCUGCGUCCAACUGCUGCUACAGCAAAGCUCCCGCCAACGACGGUGUGAUCACCAAUAUGGAGCCGUUCAACACAUUCAGGUAUCGACUAGAGACCUUCACUGAGUCCAGGUCGACCGAGUGGGCUCACAAACCUCAUGAAGGAGAGACCCCAGACUUCUACACCCAGACUGCACCCCGGCCCUGGGAGGUUCCAGCCACUGCCCCGAGCCUCUUCCAGAAUCACACCGAGGAGAUCCGAGUGCCCUACACCUCUUCCAUCAAGGACUGCCACGUCUGCCAUGCCAGAGGCACUCUACCAUGUGAGGAGUGUCACGGAACUGGAUAUAAACAAUGCUGGGUGUGUAACGGCUCUGGGAAGCAGAUGAGUGACGAUUGCCAUCGCUGUAAUGGAAGUGGCAAAGAAAGCUGCUCAGUGUGCGACGGUCGAUCAACAAAGGAGUGUGAAAACUGCAAAGGAAAGCGACAGCUGCUGACCUACAUCAAGCUGAAAGUGGAGUGGACAAACAACGUGGAGGAUCAUGUGCUUGAGCAGAGCUCUGGAAUGAAGAUCGAUGACCUUCGCUCUGUCAGCGGGAAAGAGCUUUUUAAAAACAGCCAGUACAUGGUUUAUCCUCUGGUUGGGUUCCCCUAUCCUGCGAUCAGUGAAGCAUCACAGCGUCUGGUGAGAGAACACCAGAGCAAGUAUCCUCAGACUUCCCGGAUCCUGCAGCAGAGGCAGACCGUGGAGCUGAUCCCCAUCACCAAAGUCAACUACAAAUGGAAGGGCGACUCUCACGUGUACUACGUGUACGGGAACGAGAACCAAGUCAGCGCCGACAACUACCCAGCAACCUGCUGUUGCACCAUCUUGUAGAAGCCGAUGUCUGCUCCACUUCCGUCUGCAUACCACUAGUCUGACCGAUUAUUGAUCCAUGAAACAUCAAGGAAGCUUGGGAGUCUGCCAAAGUGACAUUUGGUGUCCAAUAAUGCUACAUGUUUGGAGUGUUGUGGUAGGCAGACUUUUUUAAAAUGUUGCAGUAUUCUAAGAGGGCUAUCAAGUAAUGCCCAACAGUAAAACGGUGAGAAAAAUGAGCCACACUACAGAGGUGCACCAGGCGGAGGGUGUUGAGUUGCAUCAACACGGUUGUUGUUGAUCUGAUGAAUUCAGUCCUAUAUUCAGUAUUUUUCAGCUGGAAAGUUACGUGAUCAAACAACUUGUGUAAUUUUAAUUAAAUAAUAAUGGGAUCAUUAGUUUGUUUUUAUUUUGAUGAUUAUAAAUUACCUGUUUCUGUCAUAAUCAGCCAAUGUAUAUCUUUGCGAGGCAUAUGCUUUAUCAUAAUGACAGGCAGUAGUUCCUGAUGGGCGACUGACUACAUUAUAGUAUUAAUAUUGUGCAACAAUCGAUGGUCGACGCUAGAGAGCGCUCAAGAGGGCGCCACUGUAACUACAUAUAUAGAAUCUGUGUUGCUGUUGUAGCAGGGUGAAACACAAAUCCUGACCACAUUGGUGUGUGUUACUAAUACUUCAGUGGCUUUAUACUGAGUUUAAGCUCAAUUGAAAACAUGUCAAAGUGAGUGAUCGUUGCCUUUAACUCAUCACCUAGCUUGCUUUAUUCUUAUUUUAUAAGACAGAUUUUGUGAAACUUCCGCCGCUGCUUCCUUCUGCAACUUCCUCCCAGGAGGCUGAUAUUAGAGACAGAAACCAGACUGACCUGUGUGUCGACCUGAGCCGUUCCAUAUACACUCUAUACCUCCUGUUAAUGGAGUGAUGCGCAGUCACAAACCCAGUUGAAGAAAGGGAUUAGCUAACCUCACCUACUACUUUUGAAUUUACAGUUCAAACUCAAUUCAGUAUUGGACUCAGCUCUGCUUGUCUACUUCCUACUCAUACAGAUGUUGUAAUGUAUAGGAUCAUUUUUCGCAGAUCUGUUUUCUUCAACUGGCCCAGCUGCAGCACACCACUCCAUCUACACUCACCAAAGUCCUGUUUCUGACCAGAAUGUGCCAUUGCUCAUGAGUAAUUUUGCUCAAAAUAUAUCUGACGUCUUGUCUUCUCUGUGAUGCAUUCUGACUGUAGCAUUCUAUCUGCUUUGCCUAUGCAUGAUAAUAUGUAACAUACAGUACUAUAACAAAUCCACUAUAACUCAGUUAAGUGUUUCAUUAAUAUAGCAAUGUUUUACAUUUAAUCUUUAUACACAUUUUGCCUUAUUAAAAUUCACUUCUACAUCAGUUCAAACACAGUCUGGGGUGACAAGAAUGCUACUAGAUGGGGACCGACAUCUGUCUCUUACAGCGAAAACCUCCAAAGAUUUAACAAGCCUUAACAAACAUCACAUCCUCCAGUAUACAGUAUUGCAUAAGAGUGUGUCUCUGUUUCAGUUCUACUUGACUAUACUAGUGGGAUUAGCCACUCGCGAGAUUGUUCAUACGCUACAUUUUACUUUUGUACUUCUUGAAAAUAUGACUUACAUGUCAUUUGGUCGUUUUUUUUAUCAGAGUCCCACAAAGACAGCAAUUGUGACUAAUAAACAUUGUCUUACUAACUGGAUGAAACAUGAAGUACUGCAAAACUUGAAGCUGUUUACAUCCAAUCGAGCCUGUCCAGCAUGGUUAAAAUCUGACUUGUUCAACCAGAAUAAAAUGACUGUAUAGAA